AUGUGGAAAGCAGCAACUGAUGUAGUUGCUCCUCCCCCAGCAGAAGCUGAUGACUGGGAGACAGACCCUGACUUUGUAAAUGAUGUUACUGAACAGGAACAACGAUGGGGACCUGGAGGCAGACAUGUAGAAGCCAUUGAUAUGGCAAAAUUACGUGAGGAAGUACUAGAGGCAGACAAGGAGGCCAAACAGAAGGCAUAUGAACAUGGACCUAAGUCUUCUUAUGGUUAUGGAGGUAAAUUUGGCGUACAGACGGACAGAAUGGAUAAGUCUGCAAUGGGACAUGAUUAUAUUGGUAAAACUGAGAAACAUGUUUCGCAGAAGGAUUAUGCUCAAGGAUUUGGUGGAAAGUUUGGAGUGGACACUGACAGAGUUGAUAAGAGCGCAGCUGGGUGGGACCACAAAGAGCAAGUAGAGAAGCACUCAUCCCAAAAGGACUAUGCGGUGGGUUUUGGGGGCAAAUUUGGAGUGCAGACAGACAGACAGGACAAGUGCGCCGCUGGAUGGGAGCAUCAUGAAACUGUUGAGUCCCAUAACUCGCAAAAGGACUACGCAAUUGGCUUUGGUGGUAAAUUUGGCGUGCAGACAGACAGACAAGACGCGUCGGCUGUGGGCUGGGAAUAUCAAGAGCAGACACAGAAGCACGCGAGCCAAGUCGAUCACAAAAAGGGUUUCGGUGGUAAAUUCGGUAUACAGACGGACAGAGUCGAUAAAUGUGCGCAUACGUUUGAAGAAGUGCAAAAGGUUGGAACUAAUUAUACGAAACAGAAGCCGAAUAUAGGAAGUGCCAAACCGUCAUCUAUAAGAGACAAAUUUGAGAAUAUGGCCAAAGAAAAGGAACAGGAGGCCUUAAAGUCUGUUCAAAGGAUAAGACAAGAGAGGCAACAAAUUGACAAGAGUUUGUCGGAUAAGGAAAAAGUUCGAUUGGAAAAAGAGAAAGAGAAAAGUCCAGAGAAGCAGGAAGUAGAGAAACCAGUGAAAAAAGCAGAACCAGAGAAAAUAGAAGUAACAGAAAAACAACCAAAGGUUGAAAUAGUGGUACAGGUUGAUAAAGAACCGACAAAAGUUGAAGAAACACCGGAAGUGAAGCAAACUAGCAGUAACCUACCGGAUGUUACGCUCACCGGAGAUACUAAGGAGGUACAAGAAAAAGAUGAGAUGUCGCGACAGCCAACCAUAGUGGUAUCUCCCGUUGGGUGGGAGAACGAGAUAGCAGAGGGAGAGGGAGAUGAUGACGACGGAUAUAUAGCGCGAGCGUUGUACGACUACCAAGCCGCAGCCCCUGAUGAGAUAUCUUUUGACCCGGACGAUAUUAUUACUAAUAUUGUUAUGAUCGAUGAAGGCUGGUGGCAGGGCCUGUGUAAAGGCCAGUACGGUCUCUUCCCAGCUAAUUACGUGCAAUUGCAAGACAAAUAA